UGCACCCGAAUUAGAGAGAAGAGAGAGAGAGAGAGAGAGUUAUAAUAAUUAGUUGCUUCAAUUCGAUAUAUAUAAACAUGGCUUACAACUUCCCUGAUGUGUUUUGCUGGAUUCAGAGUCUUCCACCAAUCUCAGAAUGGGAAACAAGUUCCAUGUCCUUAAACAUAUGUUCUUCUUCAAGCUCAUCAUGCCAACCACGUCUUAAUCUCACCGUAUCCAAAAACAAUAGCAAUAAUCAUUCCUCAUCAAACCUCUAUUUUGUUAUUAUUGCAGACUGCAACAUUCCCAUCCAUCUUUGGACCUCUAAACCUUUCAAGCCAAGCAGCACCACUAUUACUAAUAAAACCCACAAUAAUAAUAAGUUAAUAGAUGAUGAAGAAACCAUUUCCAAUCUCUUUGUUAAUUUCAUUCAAGCCAUCCUUCUUUAUGGCUCCAACAAAAACAGCACUCCCUUCCUCAGAUUUCCAAACCUUGACUCCAUCACUUCCAACAACUUUUCAGAUGUUUUCAAUCUUUCUUUCUUCACCCUCUUGUUCCUAGUUUGCAUAUAUGAAGCUCCUGCUGCAGAUUUUCGUUCUGGGUGUAUUAGCAACUUGAAAGACCACUUGACAGGUUUUCAGUCAAGACAAGCAUCACAUAAGAUUAUGAAACUCCUAGGGUCUAACUUGGAAGAGCAUUGGAUGCGUUCAUUGAACCUCGCAGUUACUAACUGGGUUGGGGAACUUGAAGCACAUAACAACCCCUUCAGAACACCGUGCCCUUUGUUUUCUUAUGCAUUUUCAACAAUUGGGUUGUGGAAGGUGCAGCUUUAUUGUCCCCUCUUGGUCAUGGAUGUUGAGAAUUCAAAAAGCAAUCCAGCUAGCGAGAGGCUUCAAUUCUCCCUCAGAUAUCACCAUGUGGAAGGUGUUCUUCAGUUCAAUCACAAAGUCUUGAUCAAAGAGGAGUGGGCUGAAAUCAUGGUGGACAUUGACAACAUAAGGUGUGAUGUUAUAAAAUUGGUGAAUGAGUCCCUUAUGAGCCAACGAGGGGUAGGUGCAGCUGAAAAACAUUUUCCUUCGAGAAUAUCAUUGCAACUUACACCAACACUCCAAGACCAAGUGUUGAGCCUAUCAGUUGGCAAGUCCUCAGAGAACCCUCGAAAAGAAAUUGGUGUUGACAAAAGCGUGGAAGCUUCAUUUGAACCAUCCAAUCCCUUGGCACUUAAGGUGUCAGCUGGAGAAUCCUCAACCGUUAGUUUGAAGCCUUGGAAAUUCGAGGAAUCUGUUUAUGGAUACAGUGCAAAUUUGAAUUGGUUUCUUCAUGAUAGUGUUGAUGGCAAAGAAGUUUUCUCAUCAAAGCCUUCAAAGUUUGCAAUGCUUAACCCAAAGUCAUGGUUCAAAAACCGAUACUCUAGUGCUUACCGACCUUUCAACAAGGAAGGAGGGGUUAUAUUUGCUGGUGAUGAAUAUGGAGAAAAAGUGUGGUGGAAAGUGGACAAAGGAGCCAUAGGGAAAACAAUGGAGUGGGAGAUAAGGGGUUGGAUAUGGUUAACAUAUUGGCCUAACAAACGUGUAACAUUCUACAAUGAAACUAGGAGGUUGGAGUUUCGAGAAAUAGUCCAUCUCGACGUUGCUUAGCCUUGCCUCAAGAUCGUAGUUAUGUGCAAACUAUUUGUUUAAACGCGUGAUUAGUUCCUUAAUUGUAAGAUAGAACUUAGAAGUGAUCCUUUAAUUAGUUUCUGCAGGUUGAUAUAUGAUCAAUGGAUACGAGUAUAUAUUAUUGUCAAACACACUACUUUUAACAA